AUGGCAUCUGGAAGCCGCGGCGACAUGGACGGGAGGCGAUGGUCGGACCUCCCGGCGGACGUGCUCCGUGAGAUAUCCGGCCGCGUGCGCGCCGCCGCCGGCUUCGUCAGCUUUCACGGCGUCUGCAAGCAAUGGCGCGGCUCGCGCGACCCGCUAUCCCGGCGGGCGAGGGCAACCAGGACCCAAUUCCUGCCAUGGCUCCUCGCGCCGCCGGACGAAGAACCCGGCCACUUGAAAUUCAGGUGCGUCUUCUCCAAGGCCAGCUACCGCGUGGUGCCCCCUUCGCCCGUGCCCCGGAGAAACUGGGUGUGCAGGACGGACGGAGCCGGCGUGUGGUAUCUGGCCGUCGACGAACGCCUCCGCCCUAGCCUCCACGACCCUCUCACCGGAGCCGUCGCCCACCUGCCCACCUUCCCGUGGGGAGAGGGGUUUAACCCCUGUGGCGUCAUCUUCGACGACGGCACCACAUUCCUGUACAGCUACAAUGGAAGAAGUGGAUGGUUCAGGGCAGCUCUCCUGCGUCCCGGUGAUGCCGAGUGGACGGCCAUCGAGAGGACCCUCGAAGCACCUUUGAUUUGGUACCGUGAGUUCUGCGCCACUUACCACGGUGGCAAGAUCAUGGUGACUGCUGAUGCUAGCCUGUGGCACGUAGUCACGCCUGAAGGUGAUGAUGGUGACGACGUGUUGGUACCAAGGCCGCCACCAUGUUUGCCGUCGGAGGAAGAGCCCUCCUCCUCGCGCCGUUACAGCCAUGUCCUCGAGUCCUGCGGCGAGCUUCUGUGGGUGCUUGUCCAGGUCCAGUUGCGCAGUUACACUCCUAAGAGCGGCCUCAGACCCGUGCUCUCGGUGGUUGUGCACGCGCUAGGGGAGGAGACAACGACGUCGCCACCGGAGAAGAAUACACCACGGUGGGUGAGGAAAGACGGUCAUGGCCUGACCGACCGCGUGCUGUUCCUCGGGUGGCCCAACAGCUUCGCCAUGGAUGCCUCGCGGCUGUUGGGCGGUAGGGACGUCGACGGCGGGUGUGUCUACUUCGUCUACCGUGAAAAUGCGGACUUGCCACGUGAACGUGAAGAGGUCGGCGUGUUCAGGUACAACCUCGUCGAUGACAAGAUCAAGUACUGGUACUACGGUCGUCAAAACAAUCUUGAGAUCAUCGAGCGACUGCCUCAAGGAUUGGACGAGGGGAGGUGCGCGUGGCUACUACCCCAACCUGCUAUUGCUCCAAUUCAGGAACUCAAUGAGAGGGCGUUGAAGGCUCAAGAGCUCAAGCAGCAGCCGAUCUAG